AUGCAGGCGCAGCCUGCGAGCUUUGUCUUCAGCGGCCAGAGCAGGCGACAGUCGCUUCGCAGCACCCACCGCAACUUAGUUCGUCGCAUUAUAUGUACCUUUUCUACACGUGACAACUCUUGGACUGACGGCCUCGUGGCUCGGCGAGGAAGUCCUGCGGAUCGCGGCGUCAUCUUCCGCUCAAUUCUCUCUGAAGGCAUGAAUCCUCUUGGCAUUCGGACAGAGCGUUUUCUGGUCGUUGAAGAGAAGGAUUUUCAAAGUCAAAAGAAUCAGAUAGUUGGUUUCGGCCAGCUGCGUCCUCUCUCUGCAACGGACUUAGAGUUAGCCUCUGUUUACGUUGCACCUGCGUAUCGCAGGCGAGGCAUCGCAUCCAGGAUCGUGGCCCACCUCCUCGAAGAGCAAAGGCGAUCCUUGCACUCGGUCUCGGGCCCGAAGAAGCGCAGAAUCUUCUGCCUUACAGUGGGAAACGAGAGCCUCUACAGCAGAGCCGGAUUUACUCGCUUUCCCCUCGAUCAAAAUUUCAUAUGGAACAGCGACAUUCCGUGUGGGCUCCGGUUCGAAAUGCUAGCGGGUCGUGUGGUCGCAGCUCUUGUGAAACCACAAGACGUGCUUGUGCUGCUCUAUACAAUCCUUGAAGCAUGA